AUGGCGCGACGGAGUGGAGCAGUGAAGGUAGGCCGUAAGCGUGGGGUUGUCCCGCGCGCUCACGGAGGUGAUCGGGGAAGGAAUGGAAAGUCUCACAAAGAGAAGCGCUCUGCAUAUGCCCCUGAGAAAGGAGUAAGAUAUGAUGGUGUCUAUCGAAUUGAAAAAUGCUGGAGAAAAGUUGGAAUUCAAGGUUUUAAGGUUUGUCGGUACUUAUUUGUGAGAUGUGAUAAUGAGCCUGCUCCAUGGACAAGUGAUGAACAAGGGGACCGGCCUAGAUCUUUGCCUCUUAUACAAGAGCUUAAGAAGGCCACUGAUGUAACUGAGAGGAAGGAAAGUCCAGCUUGGGAUUUUGAUGAAGAAGAUGGUCGUUGGAAGUGGAAAAUACCUCCACCCAUGAGUAGAAAAUCAGUCAAUACAGCAAAUGCUGAGGACAGGAAGAGAGCAAGGAAAGUGAUAAGGCAAGCACAGAACACCACUAUAAGGGAGAGGCUCCUAAAAGAAUUCUCCUGUCAAAUCUGCCGGGGAGUGAUGAACCUUCCAAUUACAACACCUUGUGCUCAUAACUUCUGCAAGUCAUGCCUGGAAGCUGCAUUUGCCGGCAAGACCUUUGUGAGAGAGAGAAGCAGGGGUGGGCGAACACUUAGAUCCCAGAAGAAUGUUAUGAACUGCCCUCGUUGUCCAACUGACAUCUCUGAUUUUCUUCAAAAUCUUCAGGUUAACCGAGAAUUGAUGGGUGUGAUUGAGUCACUUAAAUCGAAGUCUGAAGAGAAUGGAGAAAAUGCUGAGGAGUCAAGUGAAGAGAUGGAGGGUCAGGAGGAAAACCCUGAUCUGACAUCCAAGGAUGAUGAACCUAAGCCGAAACGAACUUGCAGGCAAGUGAAUGUAGAUGCUGGUGAUUGCUCUGGAAAAAAUGAUGAAGGAAUGGAAAACAAGAUCUCUGCAGACAAAGCUGGUGGUUUGGAUGGAGAAACCGAAGCUAACAAAAUCCAGCCUGUGGUGCCUGGGGAUUCUGAUAUGGUAGAUGCUGAAGUUAAGACUGGAAUCAAGAAAGCUGAAGGGGCUGCUACAGAUGAUAGAAAUGAUUCACCAUCUAGCACUCUGCAUGUUCAAACCUCUGAUGAAGAUUUGGAGUAACAGCCUGUGGUUCAACCGCAAGUAUAUCUCAUUACUGCUUAUGGUCAAACUUUAUAAGGUUACUUUUGUUUAAUUUUAAAGGUUUUUUCUUUGUUUUGUCAGCUAUUUUGCUGAGCUUGAAGCUUUCUGGUUGCUUCCCAUUAGUAAAUUUGUUCAUAUAGCUCCGGAAUGAUGCUAGAUAUGGCUGUAAACAUUGAAACUUUUUAUGCAAAAUAUAUUGGGGGGUUGGUGA